GAUUCCACUUCUCACCAUGAGCACAGCACCGGUUGAAGAGGUCCACCUGCAACCGUCGCCGUCCGACGGCAUUAGCUGCGUCCGAUUCAGCCCUGACGCCUCAGACUGGCUUCUAGCAAGCUCAUGGGACAAGAGUCUGAGGCUCUACGACGUCCCCAGCAACCGCUUGCGCUUGAAAGUGGACGUGGACCAUGCUCUCCUUGCGUGCUCAUUUGGAGCGACUCGGACGCAAGCAUUCAGUGGGGGGGUGGGAGGCCUUGUGGGCUACCACGACUUGGAAGUGGCAAACAGUACGACAAAGUUGGGGGCACAUGACAAAGCCGCGGCGCACAUUCGAUACAGCGCCGCGACGGGGCAAGUGUUUUCAGGCUCUUGGGAUGGCACCGUGUCUGCAUGGGAUCCUCGAUCCACCACCCAAACGACGCAUUUGAAGCAAUCGGGAAAGGUGUAUGCCAUGUCGACGAAAGAAAACCUGCUCGUGGUUGGGCUCUCGACCAAGCGGAUUUCUCUGUACGACAUUCGUCGGGCAAGUGUGCCCAUCCAAGACAUUGACUCCCCACUCAAGUACCAAAUUCGAUGCAUCGAGCUGUUCCCUGAUGCUCAAGGGUAUGCGAUUGGAUCGACCGAAGGCCGCGUAGCGCUGGAGUACGUGGAUGCCGCGCGCAAAGGGUACGCGUUCAAGUGUCAUCGCGAGAAGAUCUCGGAAAGCGAAACGUACGUCUUCCCCAUCAACGCCAUUGCGUUCCACCCGCGAUUUGGCACGUUCGCCACGGGUGGGUGCGACGGCAUGAUCAACGUCUGGGACGGCGAGAACAAGAAACGCAUCAACCAGUUUUUGCAACACCAAACGGCCAGAUACCCCACAAGCAUUGCAUCGAUGGAUUUCAACCACGACGGGUCGCGGUUGGCGAUUGCGUCGUCGUACACGUUUGAAGAAGGCGAAAAAGACCAUCCCGACGACUCUAUCUUUGUGCGGUCGGUGCACGAGUCUGAAGUUCGCCCAAAGAAGAAGGCUCCUUAAUUGCGUCUGGAAACUGACCUUAUCCUCCAUGUUGUUUCUACCGCCCAAGGUUUCACCAGAUCAUUUUGAAUUCGUGAAGGAAACUGCAUAUAUUGUCGAUUUGAUACAAAU